AAUCGGGAUGGAUGAAUCGGGUUGGAACAUCCUCGGCCUAUCCAACAACUCAAAGAGAUGGUCCUUCCUCAAGUUUCGGUGCAGUUGAUUACUAUCGGGAGAAUGUGGUGGUUGCACCAAAUUAUAGGCAAAGGCCUGCUAUGGAUGGUCCGGAUUAUCCGAAUUAUAUAGUGACAUCAUCCAGCGAUAGUGAGGAAAUACCUAAUGCGGAGGAAAGUGACGAUGAGCAAAGUGACGAUGAGAUUGAGGUUGGAACUAAUCCUCAACAUCAAGUAGAACUAUUACAAGACAUGAUGAAUAGUCCGACACACGAGGAGGAACUGAAUUCAUAGCAACCAUUUGAACAGCAAGAGUCGACUCCGGUUCAGCCGCAAAGCCAAUUUCAACAGCAAGAGUCGACCCCGAUUCAGUGGCAUUCCGAUGAGAUCCCCUAUCUUGAUCAUCUUCAAGAUUUCCCAGAUGCCUUUGUCUUUACUAGGGAUGAUGAUCAUAUUCGAUGAAGUUUGUGGAAAG